CUGUGAUCAUUCUGUGAUUCUGCUUGGCGAUUCAGGAUCUUGGUCCAUAUUGCCUGUGCAUUAAGUCGGGCCAUUGCGUGCUACUGACGUGACUCGAUCGGGUCCUAGAUCGCAAGUCUAAUAGUCGGAAGUUUCCCCUCAUCUCCGCGGGGUUUUUGUAUGGACUGAUUUUCCCGCCGUCGCAAACCCCCGCCAACCACUAAGCCGCGACCUAACGGUCAGGUUUUGCCCACGAGAACCUGCGCGCCUGCCUGCCGAUAGCUCAAACGAUAAUAUGGGCUUGCUCGCGCUCGGGACGGCCCUGGAUUGGCCAGAGGCCCAGAAAAGAGCAGAUCAGGUUCGCAAAUGGGGAAUCGAGCAAUUGCUUGCGAACUGGCAUAGAGCCAAGGGGAAGGAACGCAAUGCUCUGCUAUGGGGUGACGAGGUCGAGUACCUCGUCGUAGCUGUUGAUGACGAAGCAAAGAAGGCCCGCCUCUCACUCGCGCAGGCCGAGAUUCUCAAGUCGCUUGCUGAAGACGAAGCAUCCUGGAAAACGGGGACUCGACCUCAGUCCCCGAGCAAUGAACAUGACGGAGAAGAGCCACCACACUUCCACCCGGAAUUUGGCCGUUUCAUGCUCGAGGCAACACCGGGAAAACCCUGGGGAAUUGACUUCAAGGACCUGCUAAAGGUGGAGUCCAAUAUGAAAUGGAGACGAGAGGUCGCCAGAGCCCACAUGGCGCCGAAUGAACACCCAAUCACCCUCACAACAUUCCCUCGCCUGGGUACCAAGGACGACUACAUUCAGCCUUAUUACCCACCAUCUGGGCCUGCGCUUCGUUCUCAAUUCGUGCCUGACGAGAUUGCCAAUCCACACAUCAGAUUUCCAACCCUGGCCGCCAACAUCCGAUCAAGGAGAGGUCGGAAGGUCGAAUUGAACGUUCCGGUAUACAAAGAUACGAACACACCUAGCCCCUUCAAAGACCCAACCGUGAAUUAUGACCUUCAUCUCUGGCCCGAAGAUGACGACGUCAGAAACGGAGCAGCCAAAGACGACCAUGUCUAUAUGGACGCCAUGGCCUUUGGCAUGGGUAGCUGCUGUCUGCAAAUCACUUUCCAGGCGAAGAAUAUCACCGAGGGGAGGAAGCUGUAUGACCAAUUGAGCCCCCUGGGUCCUAUUUUGCUCGCAUUGACGGCUGCUACACCGAUAUACAAGGGCUUCCUUGUCGACACAGAUGUCCGUUGGAACCAGAUCAGUGGGGCCGUGGAUGACCGUACUCGUGAAGAGCUUGGCGAAUUUGUACGAGAUUCUCCUGUUUCACUCGGGAUGCCAUUUGCUAAUCCUUCGCAGCCACUCAAGAACAACAGAUGGAGGAUCCCCAAAUCCAGAUAUGCCUCAAACUCGACAUAUAUCUCACAAGACGCCCGGUUGCGGAAGGAAUAUCUGGAUCCUGACUUGAUCAUCGAUGAGGACAUCAAAAAACGUCUCAUGGAGGACGGAAUGGAUGACCUGUUAGCCACACACUUUGCACAUCUCUUCAUUCGUGAUCCCUUGGUCAUAUUCUCCGAAGAUCUUGAGGAACUAGACUUGAACAAGGCGGAUCACUUCGAGAAUCUGCAGUCCACAAACUGGCAGCAUAUGCGGUUCAAGCCCCCGCCUCCUGACAAGGAUGAUAUCGGCUGGCGCGUAGAGUUCCGUUCCAUGGAGAUUCAGAUGACCGACUUCGAGAAUGCCGCGUUUAGCAUUUUCAUCGUGCUUGUGACACGCGCAAUCUUGACUUAUGAUCUAAAUUUCUAUAUUCCAAUUCCGCGCACUACAGAGAAUAUGGAGACAGCACAUGCGCGCAACGCGAUCCACGACCGCAAGUUCUACUUCCGCAAGGAUCCCUUCUCCCCUCGUCGACCGAAUCAUCAUUCAUCUAGUGGAAGCAAUCUCUCUUCCACCACAUCUUCCGCCGCCAACUCACCGCCUCCAUCUCCAACCCUCGCCCCAGUCGAAUCCGAGUAUGAACUCAUGGCUAUCGCAGAUAUCAUCAACGGCUCGGCUGACGGCUCUUUCCCCGGCUUGAUUCCAAUUGUUGAAUCCUAUCUUGACAGUGUCAAUGUGGAUGUUGAGACUCGUUGCUCAUUAGCCAGCUACCUCGAUUUGAUACGCAAGCGUGCGAACGGAACUCUAUGGACGGGUGCCAAGUGGAUUCGGGAAUUCGUUGCGUCGCACCCGGACUACAAGCAAGACAGCGUCGUUUCAGAACAAAUCUGCUAUGAUCUUGUCAAGGCCGUGGACGAAAUGAGCGUGAAUGAGGGCAGAAACGGUACCGUUGGGUGGGAGCUUCUCAAGGGUAAAGCUUCUUGAACAGAACUUGCAAAUACAUUCUCAUAUAGAUGUAGAUAGCCUGUCUAUUCUCACUGUCAUAUAAGUUUCUUGGAGCAUUUAAUAGAUUUCAAUCUCG